CGUUGGCGGCGCCGGUUGAUGACGUCACAGCGCCGCGAGGCCGUGCGGGAGCGCUGCAGGAAUGGAGGAACGGGAGCGGCUGUGCCGGGAGAUCCGAGUGCUCCAGGGUCUCAUAAACAGCCACAGGAACAUGCACGGGAAUGUCCCACGUCCGGCGGCAUCGGCUCCUCCGAGGUGGAACAACCCCCGCCAGCCCGGCUACGCCAGGAGAGGAGCCUUUUCCACCAGGUACCCCCAGCAGGCUCCCAGGAAUUUCCACCCUCCAUGCCAGACUCACUCCUGGAGGAAAAAAUACUCCCUGGACAACCGGCUGCCGGGAUCGGGCUAUGACGUUGGAAGUGCUUCCAGCACUUCCCAGGGUUUUGGGAGCCUUGGGGACAGCCAGACUCCUGAGGCACCGGAAUCGUCCCCGGAGAGACACGUGGACUUCACCACGGAUGGGAACAUCGUCGUGGAUAUCCAGGUGCCACAAAGGGCUGGCCAGGAAAAUGUGGGUCCUUACGGCGAGUUUUCCGGGCGGGAAGUGGCGGUGGCUCCUUUGGCGGAUGGAAAUAGCCAGAAAUCCCUUCUUCAGGAAAAAGAGAGAAGACCUUCCCUAUCCAUUUCCUUCAGUUCCACGUCGAGGACUGUGUGCCUGCCUGGCAGCGGAGCCGGGAGCUCCUUUUCCGCCUCUGGAAGCACCAGUGAAAGUGCCGUGGCGCUGAAGUCGGAGCCACAAAAUCCUUUGGAAUUUCCAGGUCAGGAGCCAGCCCAGCACUCGGUACAGAUCAAGGCAGAGCCACUCUCGCCGGGGCAGCCGAGUGGUGAGGAAGUCCGGGAUGCUUCCCUACAUCCCAAACUCUUUGGGAAUGCCGAGAUGCUCUCUCGACCUGCUCAGGCUGGGGUGACUCCGGUGAAGAGCAGACUUCCCAUAAUUCCCAAAGCUCCCGCUCUCCAAAAAGCUGCCUCAGCACCCAUCUCCAGCAAAUCUCAGAAAUUCAGGAAAAACAACUACACCUGGGUGGCAAACCCUGGGAAAAGCUCUCGGAUUGUGAAGAGGUGGGCGAGCCCUCGAGCCGAAAAUUCCAAGAAGGGCACUGGGGGAGCGGACAAAGGUGCUAAAAUCUCCCCCAAGGCGGAUUUGGGAACGAAGAUAAAGAAAUUGGGAUUGCAAUCCAAGCUGGGGGUUUCUCCCAGUAAAUAUAAGUGGAAAGCCUCCAGCUUGCAGACUUUGCCUUCCACUUCCAAGUCAGCAUUCCAGUGGAGAUCCGAGGACCAGAAGAAGGCUCCAGCCCCAAAUACCUCUCGAAUCGUCUCUGUCCCACCGGCUCCGGGUGCGGCAUCCGUUGUUCCCGGUGGGAUGAAAUCCUUUGGAGAGGCUGCCCUGUCCAGUUACAAAGUGAAGAGUCGGACAAAAAUCAUCAAGAGGAAAGGGAAUGUUGGUUCCCCCACGGAUAAGAAGAACAUCUCCCCCACCACAGCUCUGAAGAGCCGCUUCCACCUCCGGAGGAGAAAUUCCACGCGGGGAAAACCUUCGGUGACGGCGAAACGCUCCUCGCCCCGGGGCCUGGUGCAGAUUUCCAAGCACCGGCUCUGCCGGAUGCCGGCGACCAGGACACAGGUGGCCACCAAGGAAGGAUCCAACUUCCACUUCGUAAGGAGCCCCCCAGCCAACAAGGUGAUAAAGACACGCUACAGGAUCGUGAAGAAGAAUGUGGUGUCUCCAGUCUUAUCAUCCUUCACCAGCCCCAUUCCCACCUGGAAGACCAGGCGCCCCGUGACAUCCAGAUCCCCAUUGUUAAACCAAACCCGACUCUCACUCCAAGGUGGCAAAUCCCAGCUCGUCCAACAGCGCUGGAGGAACAAAGGCUUCCGCUGCAUCGGUGGGGUCAUGUACCGGGUGUCGGCCAACAAACUCUCCAAAACUUCCAGCAGCCCUCUCCGGGCCAGGGACCUGAGCACCAAAACUCCCAUCAGAGCAGCACUGAGAUUGCACUCCACACCCAGUCCUGGGGUCUUUUCACCCAGCCUGAGCAGAUCCUCAACAUGCCGAUACAUUGCCAGCCGUGCUGUGCAGAGGAGCUUGGCCAUCAUCCGCCAAGCCAAGCAGAAGAAGAAAAAGAAGGAAUAUUGUAUGUACUACAACCGCUUUGGGAAGUGCAAUCGGGGCGAGAGCUGCCCCUACAUCCAUGAUCCAGAGAAAGUGGCCGUCUGCACCAGGUUUCUCCGUGGCACGUGCAAGAAGACGGAUGGGACCUGUCCCUUUUCCCACAAGGUGUCCAAGGACAAGAUGCCGGUGUGUUCCUACUACUUGAAGGGGAUCUGCAGCAACAGCAAUUGCCCUUACAGUCAUGUCUACGUGUCCAGGAAGGCAGAAGUGUGCCAAGAUUUCCUUAAAGGAUAUUGUCCCAUGGGAGAAAAGUGCAAGAAGAAGCACACGCUGGUUUGUCCCGACUUUGCCAAGAAAGGCGUCUGCCCCAAGGGUGCCCGGUGCAAACUCCUGCACCCCCAGAAGAGGCGUCACCCACAGCAGGUUGGAGGUGAUGGAGACCACAACAACCCCCCUUCCAAGUGGAGACGGAUCCAGGGGGCAUCAGGCAGGAAUGAUCCAACUCAGCUCCAGGAUGAUGGGGAAAUUCCCGGACCCUCCAGUGCGGAGCAAGAGGUGAAGUUUUGGAAAGAGGAGGACCCCAAGCCAAGCAGCUGCCUGCAAAAGCUGCCAUCUUUCAUCUCCCUCCGAUCCCCAGAAUCUCCUGGUUCCCAGGCCUGCAAAGAAGAGAGGGAUGAGGAUGAGCCAGAGGAUGAACCAGGCAACACCAAAAGGAGGAGAAUGUUCCCAAGGGCAUCCCUGCAGGAUUCUGAGAGCUCCCUUGUGGGUGGCAGAGGGAAACGGCUGCAGAUCAAGCCCCGGCUGUGAGUUCCAUCCCAAUCCUGUGGCAGCCGACCAGCUCAGGAACUGGAGAGCCAGGGAACGACCUGGCACCUACCUCAGGAUGCCAUGUCCAGACAUGGCACCCCCCUCCUCCUCUAGCUUUUCCGGGAUGUCAUUUGGACAUGGAGUCGUGUGGCAGCGUGGGAAUGCGCCGCUCAUUCCUGCAGGGAAGAAGCUUUGUUUGGAAUCUUUGAAUUGACCAAUAAAUGACCUUUUCAGCUGG